CCUUUGCAAACGUAUCAAAUGAUACGUCUUGUCCUUCGAGAGAGGUCUCGCUCAUUUCCACAGUCUUCACUAUCUGUUCAUAACUUCAGCACGACCUCACUCGUCCGCAAUGAUCCUCGCCAACAGAAUACUGGACGCGUCAUUAAGGACAAAUUUUCGGUGAUACGGAACCACUAUCAAACUCCGAAACACUCCAUUGUCCUUGCACAUGGCCUUCUGGGCUUUGAUGAGCUACGUCUAGCUGGGUCUGUGAUGCCCGGCAUCAAAUACUGGCGCGGGAUAACUGAGGCUCUAUCCCACAAAGGAAUAGAAGUAUUCACGGCUGCUGUGCCGCCUUCGGGGUCGAUAGAGGCUAGGGCGGAGAAGCUUGCGGAGAACAUCGGCCGGCAAGUCAAGGGCAAGGAUGUGAACAUUAUUGCAGGGCUUGAUUCACGCUACAUGCUCAGCCGGCUUCGACCUACAGACUUCAAUGUGCUAUCGCUCACGACCAUUGCCACUCCCCACCGAGGUUCUGCAUUUGCAGACUAUAUGUUCGAGUCCAUUAGCCCUCGCCAAAUCAAAAGGAUAUACAACGUUCUAGGGUACUUCGGAUUCGAGACGGAAGCUUUCUCCCAGUUGACUCGUCAGUACAUGCAGGAGACAUUCAAUCCGAAGACACCAGACGUAGAGGGGAUCAGGUACUACUCUUACGGCGCCUCUCUUGAACCCUCAUCCUGGUCUGUAUUCGGGAUUUCCCACAACAUCAUCAAACGUAUGGAAGGCGGUCUAAAUGAUGGAAUGGUCAGCGUAUCUUCAAGCCAAUGGGGCCAAUACCAAGGUACCUUAAUCGGUGUCAGCCAUCUAGACCUCAUCAAUUGGACGAAUAGGCUGAAGUGGUUCUUUUGGGAACUUACAGGAAGUAAAAGGAAUUUCAAUGCAAUCGCCUUCUACUUGGACAUAGCAGACAUGCUGGCCAAGGAAGGACUUUAAGUAAUUUCGCCGAUUCUGCGGCCCCGAAUUGAAGGACCUGGGGAUUACUGACUUCAGCCCCUGAAACGCAAACCGGAGGACCGCGUCAUGUUUGCGAAAUGAAGACCGGCACAGCGAGCACACCUGCGUCACAAGAGGCGUGCGAAUUCGCCUCGCUAUAAGCGGCUAGAAGCAAGGGUUUGUUCCUGUUCAUUCGAAAUGAGGAUGCCACGACG